UUAAAGCCAAAUACAGUAACGCAUGAGACAGCAGUUAACAGGGACAUGGUCCGUGUCAUACUGAGUGGGCAGGAGACUGAGGUGUGUGUGUGUGUGUGUAUGUGUAUGCGUAUGCGCACACGCGUACUCCCAAUCGCGUGAUCUUUAUUGUUGGUACACAAGGGAGCAGUCGAGAUGGACGUCAGAAGUGGGAACAAGGGAGCGAGGAGAAUGAGGGACUUGGAAGGACGGCUUUGCAGCCUUUAUGUUGUCUGAUCCUCUCAGGUGCCAAGAGAAACUGAAACAUAUAGAGUCCUGUCCUGGUGUUCUCCCCAUGCCUGUGAUCCCAGGCUCCCGCCUGCUGGGUAGAGAUGAACCUAUGAACCCCCUACGCAUCUCCGUGGGAGGCCUCCCCGUGUUCUCCACCAUGACCAACGCCACAGACUCCCGCUUCCGCUUAAAAUGGAGGGCCAUUGUGGCAGUAGCUGUGGCGCUGACCUUGGUCCUCCUGUUGUAUAUGCAUGGGCCACCAGGGGGCGCCAGUGCUCAUAAACACUCCCCACGUGGCAACGGCUGGAGGGUUGGCCGCUUCAAGGGGGCGGCGGUGUCAGGCGGGCACUACAACGACACCUACCCUCUGAGCCCACCCGAGCGCACGCCGCAGGGGGUGCGGUAUCGCAUAGCAGUCAUCGCUGAUCUGGACACAGACUCUCGCAGCAAGAAGCCCUUGACAUGGUUUAGCUACCUGCGGCGGGGCUACUUGCUGGUGUCGGACAGCGGAGACCGGCUGGCUGUGGAGUGGGACCCGGACCGCGUGGUGCUGGAGAGCCACCUGGCAGAGAAGGGUCGCGGCAUGGAGCUCUCGGAGCUGGUGGUGUUCGACGGGAGGCUCUACAGUGUGGAUGACCGCACCGGAGUGGUGUACCGCAUCGACGGUGACAAGGCUGUGCCCUGGGUCAUCCUACCUGAUGGCGACGGCUCUGUCCCCAAAGGGUUCAAGGCGGAGUGGAUGGCCGUGAAGGAUGAGCGUCUCUACGUGGGCGGCUUGGGAAAGGAGUGGACCACCACAACGGGCGAAGUGGUCAACGACAACCCGGAGUGGGUCAAGGUGGUGGGCUUCCAGGGCGAUGUGGAACAUCAGAACUGGGUUCCUCAGUACAACGCCUUGCGGAGCGUCACUGGGACUACUCCGCCAGGGUACCUCAUCCACGAGUCGGCUGCCUGGAGCGACACGCUGCAGCGUUGGUUCUUCCUGCCUCGGCGCGCCAGUACCGAGCGCUACGAUGAGGCAGCGGAUGAGCGCCGGGGCACCAACCUGGUGCUCAGCUGCUCGCCUGACUUCCGGGACAUCACCUCCAGCCAUGUGGGCCAACUCAUACCCACUCACGGCUUCUCUUCUUUCAAGUUUGUGCCCGACACUGACGACCAGAUCGUGGUGGCCCUCAAGUCCGAGGAGGACGCCGGCAAAAUCGCCACAUACAUCACAGCCUUCACACUUGACGGCCGUGUCCUGCUGCCCGAGACCAAAAUUGGGGACGUCAAGUACGAGGGGUUGGAGUUCAUCUAAAGAGGGGGGGAUGUGGGGGGAGGAUUGUGCUCUGGAUAAAGACUUAUCUCCAGAUGAGGACUGCUUGCUAGUCCUCCCUUUUGACUUUGCCUCACUUUCCUUCCCUGAGGCUGUUACCACACUCCUCCAGCAGGGGGCACCCUGUCAGGAUCAUGCCCUCGUACCCUUUGAAGGCUCCCUCCGAGUCCGCGAGCAGGAAGCACCCUGCUGAGCGCUUCCUCCACAGCCUGCUGUUGUUACUUGCACACUUCAAAGCUGCUGUCUGUUGCAGAAUGUAACACCGGAAGAACAAGUUAACGGGUCCACUUGUGAAAGAAAAGUGGGGUAGAAAAACCGUAUUGCACAUUUUACAUGCUUGAAAACAGUAACAGAUGUUGCGUUGUGAAAUAUAGCACCACGUGGUCACAUACUGUUCAAUAAGAAAUCAUAAAGACGUUGUUUAAAAUAGUGUUUUGACUUGUUGCUUUUUCAACCAUGUUAAACAUUGUUUUCCAUUCUUAUUUCAAACUAUUUUUAAAGGACAUUUUGACUUAUUUUAGUGUUUAUUAAUUUUCAGACAAUGAGAACUUCCGGAAUUAUGACUCUCACCAAUGGUGGAAUUGUGUGUUUUAGUAUGUUAAUACAAGGUGCUGUUUUUUUUGAAUAUCUGCAGCACUGACGUUAGGGCACCGGUUAGCGGUAUGGAGCGACAGCAGCUGUUCCGUGAACGAUUGUGAUGUUUCUAAGGUAAAUGUCACAUCUGCAGUGUCCUUGCCUUAACUGGAAUGUAAAACUUCACAACGCGAACGCCAAGUUAUCGGAAACUGUCACGUGAGCUAAUAUCGGUAUGAUGCACAUGAAUACAAAUUUAAAAGU